AUGAGCAUACCGGAGUUCCUACUGCAAAUGUCCAUUUUGGUGACUGCUGUUGUCUCGCUGUUGACAAACCUGUCAGUGUUGCUAUGUUUCACCCAGAGCGCAGAGUUAAGAUCGCACGUGCCGGGCAUCUUCAUCCUAAACCUCUCCUUCUCCAACAUCCUUCUCACCCUCAUCAACAUGCCAGCCACUUUUGUUGGAGUGGCCGAAAGCGCAAAGCCCUUCGGGGACCUGUUCUGCCAAGCCGCCAGUUUUGCUGAGACUUUUCUCACCGCUAAUGCGAUGUUGAGCAUGGCCGCGCUGAGCCUGGACAGGUGGGUCGCGGUGGUGUUCCCCCUGAGUUACGCCAGCAAGAUGCGCUACAGGGACGCUUUUCUAAUCGUGGCGUGCUCCUGGAUGCACUCUCUGACCUUCUCUCUGACCCAGCUGCUCAUGGACUGGGGAGGUUACAGCCACACUUACGCCUCGUGCACCAUUCACCUGGACUGGGAGAAGAGGACGCAGCUGGCCGCCUAUGCGACCUUCACGGUGCUGUUCCACUGCAGCAGCUUUGCACUCUGCCUCCUCGUCUUGUGUUUCGCCUACCUGAAGGUUUUGAGAGUGGCCAAGUCCCACUGCAAGAGGAUAGAUGUCAUUACAGUGCAGGCUCUGCUCUUGCUGGUUGAUAUCCCCCCCAGUGUGAAGGAGAGGUGUCUAGCUGAGCAGAAGAAGAGGAGGCAGCGCGCCACAAACAAAAUUAGCAUCUUCAUUGGCACCUUCAUCCUCUGCUUUUCACCCUAUGUUAUAACAAGGUUAGUGGAGUUGUUGCCCUCUGUGCACAUCCCCCGCUACUGGGGCAUGACCGCCAAAUGUCUAUCCUAUGCCAAAACCUCCAGCGACCCGUUUGUCUACUGUCUGCUGCGGCAUCAGUACAGGACGGUGCUAGUUAGUAUCAUCAGUCGGGUUCUGAGAAAGAAUCACUACACACUGGCUGUCCACAACGCGAGCAGCACACUUGAAACAACGGAUGAUAACUGCAUUGCCAGAAUCACCUGA